CUUCCAGGCAUAGGCCAGAUAUAGAGUGCGAUGGAUAGUGGAUAAAGUGGAUAGCCUGCAGUAUGGUUUGCUUGCUGUUUUCUGCUUAGUGAUGGACAUGGUGGAGUACCUUUUCAGCCUUAGUUUGCAGCUAGUUCUGUUGAUUCACUCACAAACUAAUUUGUCAACGGUAAUGAUUUUCGAGGAUUUCCGAACUUGUUCCCUUGCUUUUUUUUGUCAUAUGUACGGAAAUCGAAAACUUGAAAAAUUGAAGGAAUCGAACGGUAAUCAUUGCUCCAGUAGAGGGGUCUAUAUUGCGCCACAUAUGAGGCCUGUAAACCGUACGGUCAGAGUAUACUGUGCAACCCCCAGGUAUACUCAAACUGUAUCGUUGUCCACCGCUCAACAAAACUACCUGAAAGAUAAUCUGGAGCCUAGACGAGACGUCCACGUUGGGCAGAACACGAGCCCUUCUCAUGAGCCAAUCAUCGAGGAGAAACUAUGUCAUGUCGCCAAAGUGACGAUCAAAACCAAUUAACUUCAUUAACUCGUUCGAGAAAAAAAAAAAAAAAAAAAAGUUGCUGCAGAUCUUCCUGGUCUGGUUGGAAGCUUGUAUUUAAACCGACUACUGAGUGCAGUGUGAUAUCGAACCUACCUAUACUCCGCAUACUCCCUUAUCAGGUACCAUUAUUUCGUGCCUGCAUCUCUGACCUCACCAUCUACACCGCUACUCCAGACUCACACAACACAUUACGCUGUCAUCAUGCCCGUCAUCUCACGUCUUGUGUCGAUUGUUCUCCGCGU